AUGGCAAGUCCCGAGCACCCUGGGAGCCCUGGCUGGACAAGACCCCUAAUCCAGAGCACGGCAAGGACCAAGCAGGAAGCACCAGCCACUGUCGCAGAACUCUCAUGUCCAGGGCCUGAGAGGCACUUAGACGCUCACAACGGCCUGAGCUCCAACUCCAGCAUGACUACACGGGAGCUGCAGGAGUACUGGAAGAACGAGAAAUGCCACUGGAAGCAUGUCAAACUGCUCUUUGAGAUCGCCUCCGCCCGCAUCGAGGAAAGGAAAGUCUCCAAGUUUGUGAUGUACCAAAUCGUCGUCAUCCAGACUGGGAGCUUUGACAGCGACAAAGCCAUCCUGGAACGGCGCUACUCGGACUUCGAGAAGCUCCAGAAGACCCUCCUGAAGACUUUCCGAGAAGAGAUGGAGGACGUGGUCUUCCCCAGGAAGCACCUGACGGGGAACUUCUCGGAGGCGAUGAUCUGCGAGCGCAAGCUGGCGCUCAGGGAGUACCUGGGGCUGCUGUACGCCAUCCGCGCCGUGCGCCGCUCGCGCCCGUUCAUCGACUUCCUCACGCGGCCCGAGCUGGCCGAGGCCUUCGGCUGCCUGCGCGCCGGCAAGUACCGCGAGGCCCUGGACAUCCUGGUGCGCGUGGUGCCCCUGCAGGAGAAGCUCACGGCGCACUGCCCCCUGGCGGUGGUCCCGGCCCUCUGCGCCAUGCUGGUGUGCCACCGUGACCUGGAGCGCCCUGCCGAGGCCUUCGCGGCCGGCGAGAGGGCCCUGCGGUGCCUGCAGGCCCGGGAGAGCCACCGCUACUACGCCCCUCUGCUGGAUGCCAUGAUCGGCCUGGCCUACGCGCUGGGCAAGGACUUUGUGUCGCUGCAGGAGAGACUGGAGGCGAGCCAGCUCCGGAAGCCCACCCACCGGGGGUUCACCCUGAAGGAACUCGCUGUCCGAGAAUAUCUGUACUGA